AUGCACGGUCUCAGACCCUUUUCUUAUCUCAAUUCUUCCACUUCAUCCCACUUGUACACAUUGGAAAUGGAAAAUCGUGUCGCAGAAAAUGUACUUGGUACGCUUGGGGCAGUUAGUAAUCACCUCUGGCUUGACUGGCUUGAUUCAUUGAUUAACUUGUGGAUAGGUUUGCUGCUUCUUCCACAAAUUAUCAUCAACUACAGGAGACAUGACACCGAGGGCUUGCAAGGGUCAAUGAUGCUGCUGUGGGCUGCAGCAGGUGUUCCGCUGGGAGUUUACAAUAUUGUGGAAGAAUUCAACAUUGCGCUGAGAAUCCAGCCCCAAAUUCUGACGACACUUAGUCUCCUCACUUGGGCGCAGUGUCUCUAUUAUGGGAAGAAAUAUUCAGUCACAAAAUGCUGCAUCGCAGUCACUUCUCUCCUGAUAUUACUUGGUGGCAUCGAAGCAGGAUUGAUUUUUGGCCUGAAAGCAGCAAAGAGUCAUGGUCUCCAAUGGCCUCUUAUUCUGAUGGCCGCGUUGAGUGCAUGUCUCCUCGCUGCUGGUGUCUUGAGACACUACUGGGACAUCUACGUUCACAGAACGGUUCGCGGAAUUAGCUUCAUCUUUGUUGGCAUAGAUGCCGCUGGUGACUUAUUUUCUCUUGUCUCCGUUUUGUUUGGGGCCAGCGUUGAUAUUCUUGGAAUUAUCAUCUAUGGGACUGAAUUGACACUUUGGAUCGGCAUCUUUAUAUGUGGCGCUAUCUUCAAUCUCCGGCCCUGGCUCAAAGAGCGUUCCAAGCAGCGAGAUACAGAUUUACAACAACCAGUGUCUCUACACCCUAUGCCAUCGUCAACUUCUGUCUUCAGAACUGCGUCUGGAAGUCAAGUUGUCGAACGGAGACCAUGGAAUAACCCAUCUUAA